AUGGCCGCCAGACCUGCCCUCUUCACCCGUGGCCUGUCGGGGCUUUCCCAGAGCACAACCGACCCCAACUCGCCCAGUGUCAGCUCCCCGGCCGACCAGCGUGACGAUGCAAAGCGCAACUUCCUCAAGGCCAUGCGCCCUCUGCCCACACAACAUUACUGGAAUGUCUACUUUGACAAACAAGCAAAGGACCAGCAAAAGUCGGGCAACGAUGAGGAGUACAAGGUGCAGCUUGAACAGCUUGGUUCGCAGAUAGAAUCCGUCCAGGACUUUUGGAAGUACAACAACAACACACCCGUCGAUCAGAUCAAGAUGCGCGAGUCCAUAUACCUCUUCAAGCAGGGCUUCAAGCCCAUCUGGGAGGACCGCCGCAACAUCAACGGCGGCGCCUGGACCUUCCGUGUGCCCAAGAACAUUGGUCCCGAUGUGUGGACUCGCGUUCAGCUUCUUGCCAUUGGCGAGAAGCUGCAGAGCGUACUAGACGACAACGACCAGAUUUGCGGUGUUGGUCUGUCCGUCCGCUUCAACUCCCACCUCAUCUCCAUCUGGCACCGCGACGGCUCCAAGCAGAAAUCCGUCGAUGCUAUCCUGGAAUGCGUACUCGAAGAGCUCCCCGCCGAGCUGCGCCCCAAGGCCGAUAACUACUUCUACAAGCGUCACCAGGACCAUGCCGGCUUCAAGGCACCUCCCGAGCUCCAAGUCGUUAUCGACUCACAAAAGGCGGCCGCUGACAAGGCCAAGGCUGCAGCCGGAGGUGCGCCGGCUUAG